UUCUUAAUACAACCAAAAACAAAAAUAUUCCCUUACUAUUACAACAAAAUCUUAUAGAAAACAUAGCUGUAUCGAUCUCUACAUAUUCUUUCAUGGCUUCCUUAGCAUUUUCCGCCACCAAUAUGGUGGUUUCUGAUCAUAAAUCUGAAUCUAUAAUUAGAAGAAGAGAAGGGUUUUCAUUUCAAAAUACUAUUAUUGCUGCAAAAAGUGUGAAUAGAUCAGACUCUUUUAUUACAAAGGUUGCUACUGAACUGCCAGCAAUUAUUUCUCCACCGGAGAAAGAUAUUCCGGCUAACCGGAAUCAUGUUGCAUGGACAAGUGUUCGGCAAGAAAGAUGGGAAGGAGAGCUUGUUGUGGAAGGAGAAAUUCCACUAUGGCUGAAAGGGACGUACCUCAGAAAUGGACCUGGCCUAUGGCACAUAGAGAAUUACGACUUCAGGCAUCUAUUUGACGGCUACGCAUUAUUAGUCAAACUCCACUUCGAAAACGGCCGAUUAGUCGCCGGUCACCGGCAAAUCGAAUCGGAAGCUUAUAAGGCCGCCAAAAAGAACAAGAAACUAUGUUACCGUGAAUUUUCAGAAGUACCAAAACCUGACAACUUCUUGUCCUACAUCGGAGAGCUAGCUAAUCUCUUCUCCGGCGAAUCUUUAACCGAUAACGCCAAUACCGGAGUAAUCAAGCUCGGAGACGGCCGAGUUGUUUGCUUGACGGAGACGCAAAAAGGGUCCAUCGUAGUUGAUCCUGAAACAUUGGAUACAAUUGGGAAAUUUGAAUAUUCUGAUUCAUUAGGGGGAUUAAUACACUCGGCUCAUCCGAUUGUGACAGAUAGUGAGUUUUUGACGCUGUUGCCGGAUUUGUUGAAUCCGGGCUACUUGGUGGCGAGGAUGGAGCCUGGGAGUAAUGAGCGGAAGGUGAUCGGACGGGUGGAUUGCCGGAACGGCCCCGCGCCGGGAUGGGUUCAUUCGUUUCCAGUGACAGAACAUUAUGUUGUAGUGCCUGAAAUGCCUUUGAGAUAUUGUGCUCAAAAUUUGUUAAGAGCUGAGCCUACACCACUUUAUAAGUUCCAGUGGCAUCCUGAAUCUAAAGGGUUUGUUCAUAUUAUGUGUAAAGCUAGUGGCAACAUUGUGGCAAGCGUAGAGGUUCCACUAUUUGUGACAUUCCAUUUCAUAAAUGCAUACGAAGAGAAAGAUGAAGAUGGAAGAGUGAGUGCAGUAAUAGCUGAUUGUUGUGAGCACCACGCAGACACCACUAUCUUAGAGAAGCUUAAACUGCAAAAUCUUCGAUCUUUCACGGGUCUAGAUGUGCUCCCAGAUGCUAGGGUUGGAAGGUUCAGGAUACCAUUGGAUGGGAGUCCAUAUGGGACACUGGAGGCAGCAUUGGACCCAGAUGAACAUGGAAGAGGAAUGGACAUGUGCAGCAUUAAUCCUGCUUUCUUGGGCAAAAAAUAUCGAUAUACUUAUGCUUGUGGAGCCCAACGUCCCUGUAAUUUUCCCAACACCCUCACCAAGAUUGAUUUAGUCAACAAAACAGCAAAGAAUUGGCAUGAAGAGGGUGCUGUUCCAUCUGAACCUUUCUUUGUGGCACGGCCGGGUGCUACAGAAGAAGAUGAUGGAGUGGUAAUUUCGAUGAUAAGUGAGAAAAGUGGAGAAGGGUACGCAAUAUUAUUAGAUGGAUCAACAUUUGAAGAGAUUGCAAGAGCAAAGUUUCCUUAUGGUCUACCAUACGGUCUACAUGGAUGUUGGGUACCAAAGAAUUAAAACAAUUAGCUAUAAAGAUUUGUAUAUGAUAUACAUGUAUUGCCCUACAAAUAAUCAAAUAUAUAUGGAGAGAGAGGGGGGAAAAAACUGUUAAUUGGUGUUUUGAGUGUUUUAAGAUUGGUUUGUAUUUAUGUAAGUAAUUUCCAUUUUGGUGUAAAUUGUAUUAGGUAAUUGGGUAAUUUUUUGUUGAAGUUCUUAACUAUUAUAAACCUUUUUUUGUGUGA